AUGCUCAGAAGUACCAAUCUGUGUUUUAGACGUCGUAGUGCUGGAAUCAUUGGACUUCCGAACGUCGGAAAGUCCACUCUUUUCAAUGCCCUCACCUGCACCCAACUUGCUAAAACUGGUAAUUUCCCUUUCUGCACUAUCGACGCGAACAUAUCGAAAGUUCCGGUUCUAGAUAAGCGUCUGCGCGCGUUAGCUUCCUUCACGGGUGCGAAGACUGUGAUCGAUGUUGAGGUUGAUUUGGUGGAUGUCGCCGGGCUAAUUGAAGGAGCUUCAAAGGGUAUUGGGAUUGGCAAUAAGUUCCUCGCGGAUAUUCGUCUCUGCUCAGUUCUGCUGCAUAUGGUGCGAUGCUUUGAAAGCGCGCGGGACGGCUUCGGCACCCCAACGCCUCUGGAAGAUACUAAGAUUGUUCUCAAUGAGCUGCUCCUUUCGGACUUGGAGGUGAUGGAAAAAAAAAUACACAAGGCUGGUAAAAUGGGAAAAAGCUCUGAGGUGGCUUUUAUGCGCCGUGUCGCGGCUGGACUCGAGAGUGGAAUCCCCGCUAGGGAUCUUCGAGGCCCAUCUGCCACCUCCUUCGCGUGUGCUGUUGCGCGGCAAAAAAAAGUAACGCUAACCCCCGAAGAGGAAAGGUGGCUGAAUAGUUAUCAACUCUUUUCCGAUAAGCCGAUGAUUUUCGUUUUAAAUGUCGAAGAAUCUAGCGUGAAAGAAGGCAACACCUUCUCUAGGACCGUUGAAGAGGCCUACGGAGCUGAUCGAACAUGUCGUAUAUCCGCCUCGUUUGAGGAGCAGCUGUCUCAAAUGGAUUCCCAUCACGAUCGGCUUCUUUUUCUGGAAGAAUAUGGUAUCGACACCCCGUGCAGUGAGUUCCUUAUAAAGAGGGCUUAUGAUCUCCUCCGUUUGCAAUCUUUUUUCACGGUUGGGCCAGUUAUGGCCCACGGUUGGACUGUUGCUUAUGGUUCAAGUGCGCGCGAGGCGGCAGGUGAGAUUCAUUCUGAUUUUGAAAAGCAUUUCCUUUCUGCCAAAGUACUGCCAUGGGAUGUGUUCAUUAAGAAGCCGAAUUUGGAGUCUGCGGAGAUGCAGAUGCAGAAGGUGGAUGCAACCUACAAGAUGCGCGAUGGAGACAUAAUGAUUGUGAAACACGGCGCAGUGACAUGA